UCUGGGAAAGAGGCCAGAGACGCUGUGUUUACAAGGGGAGUGAUUUGGGAGAAGCUACUAUUCGUUUGAGGAGCAGAAAAGCAGAACCUCAGAGAGAGAGAGAACAGAGCAUCACAGUGGGGGUGGGGGGUUGGUUAGGAGCUCAACUUCAGAGAGGAACAGAGGCAGCAGAAGAGCCAUGGCUUUAGCAUGUUAGGGCUCCUUAGUCGAAGGGCAGGUGAUGGACGUCCCUUUUUGGGGGAGAUGGCUUUCAGCAUGCCAUUCAUGAUGCCCCAGUCUGUGGUGGCAUUGAUGGGCACUGGUGCUGGCACUCUUGAUUCUCCUUAAUGUGUGUUGUGUGUGUGUGUGCGCGCUGUGGAUAUUGGUGGAGCUAAAAUGACCCGUUGGUUUACCUGUUCUUCUAAACGCACACAAACCUUUGAUUGGAGUAAAUAUGAUGACCGGCUGAUGAGAGCAGCAGAACGAGGAGAUGUAGAGAAGAUUUCAGCCACCCUUGCCAAAAAGGGUGUAAAUCCCAGCAAGCUGGACCUGGAGGGCCGUUCAGCGUUCCACAUCGUAGCUUCAAAAGGUCACCUGGAGUGUCUGAAUGCAAUCCUGUUACAUGGGGUGGAUCUCACAGCCCCAGAUGCUGCUGGUCGGAAUGCUCUGCAUCUGUCUGCAAAGUACGGUCACUCCUUGUGUCUGCAGAAACUGCUACAGUUCAAUUGCCCCACAGAGAAUGUGGAUCUCCAAGGCAGAACUGCUCUCCAUGAUGCAGCGAUGUCUGAUUGUUGCUCCUGUGUGCACCUUCUCUGUGACCAUGGAGCGUGUGUUAAUGCAAAAGAUGGGGAUGGAGGGACUCCCCUGUCUUUGGCCACUCAGAUGUGUCAUCCAGCGAUCUGCCAGCUCUUAAUUGAGAAAGGAGCUGAGGUAAAUGCCAGAGACAAGCAGCACAGAACUCCUUUGAUGCUGGGAUGUGAGUAUGGGUGUAAGGAGUCUGUGGAGGUACUGCUGCGGGUUGGAGCAGAUGUUGGGAUGGUGGACUCCCUUGGCCGUGAUUGUGCUUAUUAUGCCCGCAUUGGAGACAAUAUGGAAAUUCUGUCUCUAAUCCGAACUGCAAUGGAGAGCUCCCCACGAGGGCCAGAACAUCUGAGGAGCGGUGUGUAUAAGCGCACGAAACAGGUGAGACAGAAUUCAAAGUCAGAACCCAGUACAAAAUCAAAGGAACAAGGGCAGGAUUUGGAAGUAGAGAAUGAGGAUCUUCGGGAUAAACUGCUGAAGCUUCAACAUGAGCAGCGUGUUCUAAACGAAAAAGUUGGGGGAUUGCAUAUGCAGCUCAGUCAGGAACAGAUGAUGUCAGAUGACCUUGAGAAUGAGAGAGAGGAGUUCAAAGCACUGCUCGAAGCGAAAGAAAAAGAAUUGGAGGAAAGUCUGAAAACAAUGGAAAAUCUUAGAGGAAAAGUUAGGUAUUAUGAGCAGAAGAACAGUUCUGUCCCAAGCAGCCCAUCCACUGGUAAAGAAGACUUUGUAAUGAAGCAGGUUCCUCUUCUUAGUGCAAAUCCCCAGCUUGUAGCUCACCUGCCGGCCAGGUCUCAGCUGCGGCCUUUGGAGCUGCCUGGGGAAACUGUGGAUCAGCGCCAGGAGUUGGAUACAGUACGCAGAUACUAUGAAGCGGCAAGGGAAGAGACUAUGAGAUUGCAACAGGAACUGUCCAGAAGAUCAUCUGAGUGCCUUGCGCUAGCCUCCGAGAGAGAUCGUUCUAAAGCAGAGUCUGAUCAGCAGAUAAGACAGCUGGAAGAAGCCCUCCGCGAUGUGCAGAAAAGAAUGCUAGACUCUGAAAGUAAAGUAAAGCAAAUGCAAUCACAUUUCCUGGCAUUAAAAGACCACCUGACACAAGAAGCUCUAAGUGGAAGUGCCCGAGCGGAGGACUUGAAUGAGCAACUGAGAGACAUAAAAAGCAAGUAUGAAGGCGCGUCUGCUGAGGUGGGAAAACUGCGAAAUCAGCUUCGUCAUAAUGAGCUUCUGGUACAGGAACUACGGAGGGAGGAUUCACGCUUGCGUAAGGAAAAUCGGAGGUUGCAAGAUGAGCUGGCGGUGUGUGAAGAAGAUAGAGAGAGAGCAGAACGUAGAGCAAAGGAAGCCAUGGAGCAAGUUGGUCUUUCAGUCACUGCAGAGAAAUUUGAAAAUAUGAGAUGCCUUUUGACCAACGAGGUAAAUGAGAAAUCUCGAAGUUUAACAGAGGCUGAACGCGAGCUGACUCUGAUACGAGAGAAGCUGGAUAGUAGCCAAGGUGAAAAGAAAAGAUCAGACAGUAAGUGGGAGCUAAUGAUAAAGGAGUUAGAGGAGGUGAAAAUUAGGAAUAUCAGCCUGGCCCGGGAAGCAGAGAAGUUACGGACUGAGAAAGUUCUUCUGCAGAGGCAAGUUGAGGAUCUGAUGGGACAAAUGAGAAACCAACAUGUACCUGCACAGCUUCAUGCAGAGACAAAAAGAGCUUGUGAGGAAACCAUAGCUCGACUGAGCCAGAGUCUGUCUGAUUCUGAACAGAGUCUGCGAAAGGCUGAGCUGGAACAAAAACAGUUGCAGGAAGAAAAAAAAACACUUCGAGAAGAUAUAAUGCGACUGCAGGCAUCUAGCAUCCCUCGGGAGGAGCAUGAUAAGAUGCUGCAGGACAUGCAGUCAAAAAUUACACAACUGGAAAUGCUGCUUAGUGAGGCACUUAGGAAAUGUGAGGAGAUAGAAAGUAAAGCCCGCACAUUCCAGUCUGAGAACACCAGCAUGAAGGAAAGCCAUGUGCCAUUGACAACUCAUCAUCAGACCACCACCAAACUAACCACUGAGCUUGAGAAAUGUAAAGCAGAAUUGGCCACAUUUAAGAAGCAAAUUGAGAGUGGGACUGAAGAGCUAGCAGCUCUACGUGCACAGCUGGAAAAAGAGACUACUAAAAGGACAGCACUUCAAGCACAGUUAGAAAGUGAAACUAUGGCACAGGCCGGAUUGAAGUCAAAACUGGAAUGUUCAGCAGCAAAGCAGGCAAAAUUGCAGGAACUUGUGGAUCGUAAAGCUGUAGAAUGGACAGGAUUGCAGAUUCGGCUGGAGAAAGAGAUUACCCAGAAGACAGAUCUGCAGUCAUUAUUAAACAACCUGAAGGUGGAAGUGGACACAGAGUAUGUUAAACUGAAGGAUCAUGAAGCAGUGGUGUCAGGGUUACAGAAACAGGUGGAACAGAAGCAGCAAGAAUGGACCCAGACAAACGCAAAGUACCAUAAAGCACAAGAUGAGGUGCAGAAACUGCAGGCGGCUAUUCAAGAACAGAGAGAAGAGCUGGACACACUUCAUCAAUGCAUCACUGAGAAAUAUGCACCGUUAACCAGCAUGGAGGAGAAGGAGCGUAACUUUCAGACCACGAGAAUGGAGCUUGAAUUAGAGUUGCAGGAACAGUGCCAAAUUAGCAGUGAAACAAAAAUUAAGCUUGAUGAGCAGCAACAAGAGAUGCAGAAGAUGCAGAAAGAGUUGCACAGUGCAGAGUGUGCCUUAAACGAAGAGCGUGCCUCAUGGAAUCAGGAAAGGAAUGCAAUGCUAAGACAGCUAGAAGAUCUGCAAAGCCAUUUACAGGAGGCACAGAAGUCCCUUGCAGAGGCUAAGAAUAAAGAGCGAGAACUGCAAGACGAAUGUCAACAGGCUGCUAAUAGGCUAAAGACAUUGCAAGAAACUGUGAACAGUCAGUAUGUUCCUAUAGUACAGCAUCGGGAGCUUCAAGACCUGCUCAGUAACACCAAGGCAUCCUUUGAGGUUGAACUGAGAACCCAAGUUAACUUGUAUGAGAAUGUACAGGCUCAGGUUAAAAGGUUAGAGAAAGAACUGGAAAUGAUAAAAGGAAGCUCUAUCACAGUGACUCUGCAUGCUCAGGAGAAGGCAACAUGGGAGAAAAACAUGGUUGCAACACAACAGAAACUGCAGGAAAAGGAGGAAGCUGCACUUCUGAUGGAUCAGGAAGUUAAGAGGCUUAGGGAAGAAGUGCAGCAAGCCAAACAUAGUCUGCGGGAGUUACAAAUCUGCAAGGACAGGGAGAAUUCUGACCACCAAACGGCAAAGUUAGGGUUAGAACAGGUAAUUGCUCAGCUUGAGGAAUCUUGCAGAAUGCAUGGAGAGGAAUCCAGGAGGAUGGCCAAAGACCUGCAUGCAGCACAGGAACAUAGUGAAAGGCUGCGGAAGAAGCACGGUGACAUAGAACAUGAUAUCGCUCAGCUGAAGUUGAAGUAUGACCAGUCAAUGAACACCGUAAAAGAACUGAAGGGACGCAUACAAUUGUCAUCCAGAGACAUGGAGGGCAAAGACAAAGAGAUAUGCACUCUCCACAAUGAUGUAGAGAAACUGAAACUGUCCUUGUGCCAGUUCACUGGUGGUCCUGGGAAGAACCAGUCUCUGGAGGCCUUGCAGACCCAGAUCACAGCCCUACAGUGCCAACUGGAUGACUCUCAACACCGACAUCAAGAAAUUAUCUCCAUCUACCGUGCACAUUUGCUGAAUGCUGUCCAGGGUCACAUGGAUGCUGAUGUACAAGAUGCCUUAUUACAGAUCAUACACAUGCGACAAGAGCUUGUCUGCUAAUUUCUUAACUGCCAUGUCUGUCAAGCGAGGAGAAAAAUUUGUAACGCAAAAAAAUGGAACUUAAGACUCGUACUCCGUAUAUAUACAAACUUUAACCUACCGUACAGUCUACUAUCGCCAGGAAACCAUGACUCUUAAACCGUUAAUACAGACCGGAUACACUGGGUUGAAGAAAGAGCAACAUGCAUGAAAGAAACAAGUAAAAGUGUUGAGAGUGAUAUAAGUGAACAGGCAAAUAAUCUGUUGAGAUGUGUAUGUGGGAUGGAUAAAGGGUCAUGAUAUGAGAGCCUGAAGAGGGGGGAAAUGUAGAGGGAGAAGAACUUGGGAUAUGGUAUGAAGAUAAUCUAUGUUGUAGAUGUAGAAUGCGUGGGUGUAAACAAAAGGGUGUUCUGCCAUAAAGCUUUACUGAAGGAGCUGGUAUGUGAGAUGGGAAGGGGGAUGUGAAGAGGUGGCUUUUAAGAAGACUGUGAAGUUACAAGGCAUCGGGAAUGAUGUGUAGAGGAAGAGAAGAAAGCGAACAUGCAGGUGGAGAGGAAAUGAAAGCUUGGAGGGAGUGGAGGAACAUGUGAGGCAACAGAGAAUUGACUUGGGAAGAAUGUAGUAUAGUAAGUCGGUUAUGUGGAGCAGAGGAAGAGGAGUUGUAAAAGAUAAGUGAACUAUUGGUUAGAAUGUGAUGUGAUAAUGAGAAACUGAAGGAAUGGGAAAGAGGAAAACAAGUUUGGAAUAGACCCAGUUGGGUCAGACUCACUCAGAACAUCUGUUAUAAGGAUCUAAUCUGACUGCCGCGUGAACAGUGACUGGUUGAGUGACAUUGAUAUUCUUUUUAAUUGGAAAAAUAGUUCAAUGUAAAUCUGUAUUAUUAUUAUUAUUUUUUGGCCAAUCGCAGGCUGGAUAUCUGAUGUGAACAGUUACCAUUUGGAUUUCUGGAUUAAAUAAAAACAUUUCUUCGUAGAGAGGUGGGAGAAUCAGGGCAAUUUACUGAGAGAUUAGUGUCUGAAGAAAUUGCUCGGUGAACCAGUGACUUUAUUAUUUAAUAUUCCAGAAUUUUACUAGUAGUUGGCUAUUGGCCAUUGUGCUAUGGGGUUGGGACCGCUAAGACACACAUUAACCUGUAAAAAGCAAGAGAUUUUAUAAUGAUCGAGCUGGGAAGAGAUUGGGAUAGAGAGAUUGAAAUAAUUAGAACAGAGAUGCAAAUGCAGGAAGAAUUCCAUGCGACUUUGUCACAAAGCGUAGUGACAGUGUUACAGGUUAGUGUGUCGUUAAUUAAAAUUAGUCCUUUUGUUUCUACAUGGACUUGGCUGGCCAGGUUCAAAAGUUUUUACUUUUUGGUUCAAGUAACCAUUUACACAUUCAGAUAGCAGUUUACAGUCACAGUAAUUAGAGAUAGAGAUCUAUAUUUAUAUAAGUAUAUAUAUUUUGUAUGGAUAUUUUGGAUCGCUUAUACUACCAUGGGAAGGUCAGCAGGUCUGACGCGUUCCGUGGAAACUAACAAAGCAGCAUGUACUCUUCGAGGUGCUGGGAUGAUAUGCUAUCCCAGUGCUAUGGUAUCUGCCUUCUAGUCCCAGUGAUAUUCGCUAGUUCCUCUAUUGGAAUGGAAUAUCUGUACAUGGUAGCAGUUUGAGGGAGUUAGGCAUUGUUUGAGCAUAAGGCUAUAUAUAGAUUGCCUAGCCUUGAUUACACUGUCUUUGAGCUUAAUAUGCAAUAGAGGGUUGUGUACCCAGCCCAUUUACUGAACUGGAUUUAUGUAAACUGCAAUAAAGAUUUACUUUACUCAG